CGAUGUCGCAGGCGGAGGACCCCGCGCUCUCGUCAUCGUCCCCCUUGACAUCACCCGUCGACGAGUCCGACAACCCGCUGUCGCACCCCCUCGAUGCUGAAGAACCGCUCCCGGGGCUGGAUGGGACGCCUGUGCGAUGGUUUGAUGCGGACCGCAAGGAGCCAUAUACCCACAUCACCCCCUUCCAGGAGCAGAAUGACACCAGCGUCGAGUUUUUCUACAAGCCAAUCACUUUGACCGCGCUCGGAAUAGCCCUGGCCGUCCUGGCAUAUGUCGCGAUGACGCAGGAUGUACUGAAGGAGGGCGAGGAGAAGAAACGGAUCGGUAUCUACGCGUCAAUCGCGUCAUUCAUCCUCUUCUCGAUGAUACAGUUCCGCGACGGUCCGUUCGUUAGACCCCACCCAGCGUUCUGGAGAGUUGUGCUGGGCAUCAACCUCUUGUACGAGGGCGCGAUGGUCUUCCUGCUCUUCCAAGAUGUCGACUCCGCGCGGUCCAUGAUGAAAUUCCUCGAUCCGUCGCUGGGCAAGCCCCUGCCGGAGAAGAGCUACGCCGAGAACUGUGACCUCACCGUCCAGAAUGUAUGGAAUGCGAUAGAUAUUUUCUGCUUGGCGCAUGCGCUCGGGUGGUUUGGCAAGGCCUUGAUCCUCCGUGACUACUGGUUCUGCUGGAUUCUUAGUAUUGCUUUCGAAUUCGCGGAGUACAGCCUUCAACACCAGCUGGCCAAUUUUGCGGAGUGCUGGUGGGAUCAUUGGAUACUCGACGUCCUGGUCUGCAACUGGCUCGGGACGUAUCUCGGGAUGAAAACGUGCCAGUACUUCGAAGUCAAGCACUACAUCUGGCGGGGGUUCCGCCAGACGCGAGGCAUCCGCUCGAAGACCAAGCGCGUCAUCAGUCAAUUCUCACCGCACGAUUGGACGACGUUCAAGUGGGAGGGAACUGCGUCGUUCGGCCAUUACUUCACGGUCGUACUGCUUUUGGCGGUGUUCCUAGCGGCUGAAUUGAACCCUUUCUACCUCAAGGCGCUGCUAUGGAUGGAACCCGACCAUCCGUUUGUAAUUGCGCGUUUAGUGGGAGUCUUCCUCUGCGCCCUCCCUGCCGUGCGAGAGCUGUUCCAGUACGUGAACGACCCGAGGAGGGCCGUGCGAAUGGGACAGCACGUCUGGCUGCUGCUGGCCACGAUUGGCACGGAGCUGCUGGUGAUUGCGAAGUGGAGCCAAGGACAGUUCCCUGAGCCGCUGCCUACACGCGUGCGCUGGGCCUGGUCGAUUGGCGCUUUCCUGCUGGUUCUGUAUCCCACUGUUCGGUUCGGUGUCCCGGCGGCGAGGCGAUAUCUACGCCACCACCAACGUAAUGCGAAAGCGAAAGCAGCGUGACGCCACCGAGGGUGAUGAUGGGCUGCGCUGCAGCAGCUGCCCGGGCGUGGAGGCAAUUGUAAUGCGCAGGAGAAGGGCUUGUGCGCUGGUGUACCAAGAGGUUCGGUUGUAUUAACUUACCGUCUAUUCUAAUGCCAGGCACGAGGC